UUACAAGUUUUGUUCGUGUUUUCGUAAUUAAUGAAAUGUUUGAUUGCAAAACGAAAGUUGAACUUAUAGGACAAACUUUGUUUUAAUUUAGCUGUAUUUGUUAACUGUUUUGUUUCAGAAUGACCCUCCAAGUAGGAAUACGUGUGGUCCGCGGGCCGUCGUGGAGUCCGGACUUCGGUGACCAAGAUGGCGGCGAAGGUCACGUGGGGACAGUCGUGGAAAUAUGCGGGGUCAAGGAAGGCGACACCUAUCCGCAGAACUGUGUGAUAGUGCAAUGGGAUAGCGGGGAUAGAAACGUGUACCGGGCGGGAUACGAGAAUUCAUACGACCUCCGCGUACUGGACAACGCAAGCAUAGGAGUGAAGCACGACCGGACGUGCAGUGGCUGCGGCGUUAACGGGAUAUUCGGCAUGCUGUGGGUGUGCCGGAAGUCUCCGGAGGUAGCGCUGUGCACCGACUGCUACACCAGAGACAAGCACGACACCAAGCUUGACUUCAUACGCUAUGACACGCCGGACUAUGACAAAGGCCAAACGGUCCCAAAGAGAGAGAUCAGCAAGCGUCUGAAGGCGAUGGGAGUAUUCGAGACCGCGCAGGUUCAACGCGGGCCCGACUGGCGGUGGCUGGACCAAGACGGCGGCGAGGGCAAGCCCGGUCAGGUGAUCGCGAUCGUCAACUUCAGUCCGGACACGGACCGUGACGCCGCGGAGGUCACAUGGUCUAACGGCUACACCAACGUGUAUCGCCUUGGAUACGACGGUCGCCAGGACGUAGUUGCGGUGAAGGCAGCGUCCGGUGGAUACUAUUACAAGGAUCACAUUCCCGUUCUUAAAAUGGAACAAGCCAGCCAACCGAAGAAAGCCAGCAGUGAACCACAUCCAGCUGCAGUAGCCCCCGUAGCCCCUGUCCCCCGCUCACAGGAGCCGGAACCCACUCUUCUAGGAGCCACCGGGUAUACACCACCAUCGUCAUCAAAGGGGUCUACCGGUGGGUACCAGCCUAAGACGCCGACAUCCCAGCCAAAGACGUCGACUUCCGCUGAAAACGCAAUGACUGCUCCGUCGCCGUCUGCGAGAUUCAACGUCGGAGAGAAAGUAAAGAUAACCAUGGAUCUUGACCUGUUGAAGGAAAUCGAGACCGGAAAGGGGGCUUGGAACCCGCGAAUGGCGGAGUGUAUUGGUCGGACAGGAUCGGUCAUCUUGGUGCGUAACUCCGACGUCACGGUGGAUUUUGACAUGGCGGGAAAAUGGGCCUUCGAUGAGUCCGUUUUUACAAAGGUCCACACGUUCACUGCAGGAGAGAAGGCGAGGGUCACCAACAACCUGCAGAACCUCAAGAUGUUGCAGAACGAGAGCUGUGGCUGGAACGAAAUGAUGGAGAAGGUGGUAGGGCAGGUGGGUACGGUUGAGGAGGUAGACGAGGACGGUGACGUCGUGGUGGCAUUUGACGGCGACAACACCUGGACUCUCAACCCAGAGGCGCUCACCCCAUGUAGUGACAUCGACUCCGAGACAUCUCUCAAACAAGAAACAGGUGGCGACAUGAGUGACUUACCGGAAGACCAGAAGAUGGUGGUGCUGAUGAACAGUAUUGCCGCCGGGGACACCGAGACCGUCAACUCUCUGAUCACAAAAAACCCACACUACAUAUUGAUGGAGGUGAAAGGUCAGUUCCCGAUCUCGGUCGCCAGCGCACAUGGCCACAUCGACGUGAUCAGGAGCCUAUUCACGAUGGGCAAGGACUCGCUGAUAGAGUUCGAGGAUGCAGAGAAGAUGACCCCGCUGCUUCACGCGAUCAAAGGCAAUAAAGUGGAUGCUGUGAAGUUCUUGGUAGCAGAGGGUGCUAAUAAGUCCGCGCGUAACCUGAACAACCAGAGCGGCAUCCAUCUUGCAAUAACGACUCAGAACAAGCUGUUGUUGACCACCCUGAUAGGGCUCGGGUUUGACAUCAACUUAAAGGACAUGCUAGGGCAGACUCCUUUGUUCGACGCCAUAUUGAAUGGUACAGCAGAAGUUCUGACCGAAUUAUUAAAGCAGUCUCAUCUGAACGUGGACGUUGUCGACAACCUCAGUUUUACGCCUUUCUUGACGGCAUGCAAAGUGGGAAAUCUACCUGCGAUGCGCUCCAUUUUGGACCGGAAGCGAGAAUCGCUUCAGCAGACGCAUCCGGACGGCGGCUAUUCGGCGCUGCAUUUCGCCGCUAUGGGUGGGCACAUGGAGGCAGCUCGACUUCUCGUGGAGGAGUGUAAGGCAGACGUGAAUGCACGUGCUUCUGAUGGGAAGACUCCUGUGCACGUGGCCAGUAUGUCGGUAAAGGGUGACAUGGUGGAGUACCUCGCGCACAAUGGUAAGUAUGUUUGUCGAUAUCACAGCAACCACUCCCUACUCCUUAACUCUUUCAGUGCUGAAACCGAAUGUUGAA